ACCAUUACCCAUUUAAGCUGUAGCUUCCCUAUAUUUUAAGCGUUAUAGGCUCACUUGGUAAUAUAUCUGACUUUAAACAAUGGCCAAAACAGCUCUUUUCUUGUGCAUUGUUCUUGCAUUGACUGUUGGUCAAGGUUUGGCCAUCAAUUGCCAUAUAUGUACGACGACUUCGGGAGCAACUGGAUGUCUUACAGGAUCUGUUUCCACCAGCAACUCUGUAAAUUGCCCGACCGGUGUAUGUUUAACCACGACCACGUACACUUCAACAUCGACAACCACAACACGAGCAUGCGGUGCAAGUGCAUUACCUUCAUCGUGUAGAGGAACUAACGGAGUACUGGUAACAUGCUUGUCAACAUGCAGCACAAAUAAUUGUAACAGCGGUACAAACACCAACACUUUAGCUGGUGGAUCUUUGAAACUCGAGGGAGGAAAUAUUCUCAUUGCUAUUUCUAUGCUGGCUGCACUGUUUAUUCAGCAAUUUUUGGGUUAAACUAUAACCAAAACUAAUUGAGGUGGUUUAUUUUGUCGGUGCAUAUUAACAAAUGGGGUUUACAUUAAUUAGCUUUGUAUAUAUAACAACAUAUAUUGGAUGGUCAUCAAGCUUUGAUUAAUUUUAUUUUAUUCAUGGUGUUGAAUAUUUUAUAAAAUCCGUAUUAACAAUAAAUAAGUAAAU